AUGCUCUUUUAUUCCUUUUUCAAGACACUGGUGAAUGAACAAGUGACUGUUGAGUUGAAGAAUGAUCUUGUGAUCACAGGAACUCUCAAGUCUGUCGAUCAGUUCUUGAACAUCAAACUCGAUGACAUUCAGGUUAUUGAUGAAGACAGAUAUCCCCAUAUGAUUUCUGUGAAGAACUGCUUUAUUCGUGGGUCGGUCGUACGGUACGUACAGCUUCCCCAGCAAGCCGUCGACACUGCUCUUUUGCAGGAUGCUGCUCGUCGCGAGGCUGCUCAGCCUUCUUCAGCUCAGCAGGCCAAUGUACGAGUCAAAUAA